AUGUCUGUGCUGUACCGUGUGAUGCCUGGUGCCCUCGAGGCUGCGGAAGGAGGGAGCGGCGACAGCAGCGGCCUGGUGCAGGAGAUCUCCUUGACUUCCCUGACACCUUCAUCCCUGCUGCUGGAGGCUCCCGUCAUCGCUGGAUGUAUUAGUGCUCUGCUGCUGGUCACGGCCAUCAUCAUCUGCGUCUGUGCCGCCAUCACCCGACGUCGUCACUACCAUCAGUCCCGCAACGUCGUAGGGAAAGAAGAAAAAAAUUACGCUGCGGUUGCGGACUCUUUAAUGACACGUUCUUCUGACGCGUCGACCCUGAAACGCGCCAAGUAUCGGUCCGUGAACUCUUUGAACUCGCAAGAUGUGCUGGGCGACGCCUACGAGAUUUACCCUUACGCCACUUUUGAAGGCGGCAAAAAGGAAGAGCCUCAGCACUACGCGCUAAGUCUACGGAGCCACACGCCUGACUCGAGGGGCUGCCUAGACGCCGUGAGGUCUUAA